UGCAACCUGCCCCAACCAGCAGAAUCAGAAGUCGCAGUCACUUUUUCUCGUCCAAGUGUGUUUUUGCUGGCCCAGACCCCGAAAACCUUUAACAAAGAGAUAAACACGGCCGUAUUGCAGGCAAAAGUGUGAAGAAUUGAUUAUUUCCCCCCUUUCUCUCUCUCGAUUGAAUUGCCUUCCCUCGUAGUUUUGCCUUCACCCAGUGUUGUCUGUACGAUAUUUUGCAUCCGAGUGUGUUAUGCGUGUGUUUUCCACAGUGCCACGGCCAAGUACGCAGUGAAACGCUCUAGUCACAACACGGGAGUGAUCUGUGCUCCACUCCACUACAAGAGUCUGUGAGAGUGUGAGUGUGUGGUGUGAAGAAGCAACAUAAAAGCGAACAGGGAAGGUCGUGUGUGAUAACAGAUUUCGUGAAAUCCACGUAAUUGCUUGCUAAAGUACAGCGUACACAGCGAGCCCUACCAGCAGCAGCGCAGCAGCACCAUCAUCAUCAUCAUCCUUCAUCGCCCACACGUCCGCGACCAAUCUUCUACGCCAAAAUGUCGUACGCUUACUUGUUCAAAUACAUCAUCAUAGGAGACACAGGUGUGGGCAAGUCCUGCCUGCUGCUGCAGUUUACCGACAAACGCUUCCAGCCGGUGCACGAUUUGACGAUCGGCGUCGAGUUCGGGGCACGCAUGAUCACCAUCGACGGCAAGCAGAUCAAGCUACAGAUCUGGGACACGGCCGGCCAGGAAGCGUUCCGGUCGAUCACCCGCUCGUACUACCGCGGGGCGGCCGGCGCCCUGCUCGUGUACGACAUUACGCGCCGCGAAACGUUCAACCACCUGACCACCUGGCUGGAGGACGCCCGGCAACACUCCAACUCGAAUAUGGUCAUUAUGCUGAUCGGCAAUAAGAGUGAUCUUGAUUCACGCCGCGAAGUGAAGAAGGAGGAAGGGGAAGCGUUCGCGCGCGAGCACGGGCUGGUGUUUAUGGAAACGUCCGCCCGUACGGCGGCCAACGUCGAGGAAGCGUUCAUCAACACGGCGAAGGAGAUCUACGAAAAGAUUCAGGAGGGUGUGUUUGAUAUCAAUAAUGAGGCUAACGGCAUCAAGAUUGGCCAGCAGCACUCCCCGACGAGCCCAUCGCUGGGCAGCGGCAACAGCCCGGGCGGACCGGCCAGCAGUGGUUGCUGCUAAGCGUCGUGCCGCCAGCCACCGACGAUCAUGAUGUGCAAUGCCGUGCCCGACGACGGUCCGCCGCUGGGCCGAAGCUGGGAUGAAAUUAAGUAAAUUGGUCUAACAACUGGGAUUGGAACAAAAUGGCAAGCGAGCGAGCGAGCGAGCGAAAAACAGGGGCGGGCGGAGGUUUGCGUGCACUCUGUAGCGUUUCACCCUUCUUCGGUCGAACCUACUCCUUUUUCGGCCAGACUGUGCUGAAUCAGCGAAUGCGGGUCACCGAAGGGAUGAUCGCUACAGAACAGCUACACAACCGAAGGCGAUCAACGGGGGAGAGAAACAGGAAGAGAUAUGGAAUAAACAAAGUUGGGGCUGCUUUUCCUUUCCCCUUCCCUCUAUUACA